AUGGCUUCCUCCAAGACAUUCACGCGCGACGAGGUGCGCGAGCACACCUCCGACGACUCCCUCUGGUGCAUCAUCGACAGCACCGUCUACGACCUCACCGACUUCGUCGACGCCCACCCGGGCGGCGAGUCCGUCCUCCGCCAGGUCGCCGGCCAGGACGCCACCUCCGUCUUCUACAACCUCCACCGCCACGAGGUCCUCGCCAAGUACCCGGACCUCGCCGUGGGCACCGUCCGCGGCGAGUCCCCCCAGGUCCUCACCCCGCAGCCCGGCGACCUCAGCAAGGUCCCCUACGCCGAGCCGCUGUGGCUCGCCCAGCCCUUCCGCAGCCCCUUCUACAACGACUCGCACCGCCGCCUGCGCCGCGCCAUGCGCGAGUUCGUCGACCGCCACCUCGCCCCCGAGGCCGCCGACUGCGAGGCCACCGGCCGCCACAUCAGCCAGGACAUGAUCGACCGCAUGAGCGGGCUCGGCAUCCUGCACAUGCGCCUCGGCCCCGGCAAGCACCUCCACGGCGUCGAGCUCAUGGGCGGCGGCGUCGUCGACGGCAAGGAGUUUGACUACUUCCACGACAUGAUUGUCGCCCAGGAGAUGGCCCGCACCAUGACCCGCGGCUUCCAGGACGGAAACAUGGCCGGCAUGACCAUCGGCCUCACCGCCGUCCUCAACUUUGCCCACGACGAGGCCUGGAAGAACAAGAUUGCCGACGAGGUCUUUAGCGGCAAGAAGAAGCUGUGCCUCGCCAUCACCGAGGCCUUUGCCGGCUCCGACGUCGCCGGUCUGCGCACCACCGCCGAGAAGACGCCCGACGGCAAGCACUAUAUCGUCAACGGUACCAAAAAGUGGAUCACCAACGGCACCUUCUGCGACUACUUCGUCACCGGCGUCCGCACCGGCAAGGCCCUCAGCGUCCUCCUCAUCCCCCGCGGCGAGGGCGUCGAGACCAAGCCCAUCAAGACGUCCUACUCGGCCGCCGCCGGCACCAGCUACGUCACCUUUGACAACGUCAAGGUCCCCGUCGAGAACCUGCUCGGCGAGGAGAACAAGGGCAUCCACGUCAUUCUCAGCAACUUCAACCACGAGCGGUGGACCAUGACCUGCGCCACCGUCCGCUCAUGCAGGACCGUUGUCGAGGAGUGCCUCAAGUGGGCCAACCAGCGCCUCGUCUUUGGCAAGCGCCUCAUCGACCAGCCCGUCAUCCGUCAAAAGCUCGCCAAGAUGAUUGCCCUUGUCGAGGCAAACCAGGCCUGGCUUGAGACCAUCACCUACCAGAUGUGCCACAUGCCCUACAAGCAGCAGGCCCAGCACCUCGCCGGCCCCAUCGGCCUGCUCAAGAUGAGCUGCACCCGCGCCGCCCACGAGGUCGCCGACGAGGCCGUCCAGAUCUGGGGCGGCCGCGGCCUCACCCAGACCGGCAUGGGCAAGCACAUUGAGAUGUUCCACCGCACGUACAAGUUCGACGCCAUCCUGGGUGGCGCCGAGGAGGUCCUCGGCGACCUCGGUGUGCGCCAGGCCAUGCGCAACUUUCCCAAGUCGAUGCUGUAG